AUGCCGCACUUUGACAAGACUACUCAUGGAUGGAAUCCACCCGUGAAGAUCACUCUUCCCAUCGCCUAUGAGCAAUACAAGGCGCGCAAUCAAGCCGUCGAAGAUCCGUUCGCAGCAUGCGCUAGGAAUGCCAUUCCGCCUCCGGGUGUCUCCCCCUACGAUGAGAGUGGUACCCAGCAAACCUAUGCUUCGGAUCAUCCACCCCUCUCCAAAUGGAGCAUGGGACGCAACCUCACCCAUCCCAAGCCCCUCAAGCUUGACCGCGAUGAAGGACGGUCAGACUGGGAGACUAUCGUCGACGACGAAGGCGACAGUCGCUUGACCUGCCCGCCGGCCCCCCAGGUGACACUAAGCAGCCUGGGUAUCAUGCCAAAGAACUCCGAGAGCAUCCUUGCCGACGACAACGGCGAUGCCAUUGACGAGGACAACAAAGCGACUGACAAUGAUGCCCCCUACCCUAAAUGCAAAGGCAAGGAACCAGCCUUUGCACGCCCUGGAACCCCGUUUGACGCAUUCGGCUUCUCCAAGAGCCCCGAUGCCCUUGAACCACGCUCUCAUGUCGUGGAUAUGGAGGCGAGCUAUACCCCAUCCCCUGCCUACUGCGGACAUACUGGAUUUGUUAGACAGCCUGUCCAUGGAGGUUUUGGCGGAGGACUUUCGCGUCCCAAGGCUUCCAAGGCCUCAAGCGACGAGAGCACCGAUCUCUUCAAGUAUGAUGGAGAAGCUUAUUCCACCUUUCUGCACCGCUCUACUACGCGGGAUAUUGCGAAGCGUUAUCCCACAGCCUCUGUCGAAGACGACCGUCUCAAUGUGCAGAAAACUAGAGCCGGAGAAGAAGCUGGAAUGCACAACAAGAGUGCCUUCUACAACCCCACCGCCGUGCGAGUUCCCGUCGAUAGGGGCCAGAAUGCUCGUUUCGAGCCCAGCACCGAGCAAAGCCCAGAGCCUGCCGUUGAGGAGGAGGAGGAGGAGGAAGAGUGCUGGCCACGAGUCGGUGGCAACGACGCUGCAGCAGAAGCUGAUUGGCAAACCGUCACUACCGGACCAGUCUGCAAGGGCCUCGACACCUCGGAACUCAACUUGAUCAAGGAUACCGGCAGCAGCCUCGCUGACGUCUCCGACAUUGUGGAGGAAGAGCUCACCCCGGUUGAACACCGCCGAGCCGCUGGCACAAUCUCCCACCAGCGCAAUCAAUCCAUCCAUCGUCCCAAGGGCUUCUUCGCCGACGGCUUUGUGCUGGCUGGUGCUCGCACGAACAACAACCACGCUUCCAGCGCCGACCAUGGUCCCAAGGAGGUCUUUGGCGAGGCUGCUCGGGCUGCUGCCCCACGAACGGCAAAUCCCUUCCAGACUCCCCCCAGCUGGAAGAGUACCGGCAGAGUCAUAGAGUUGGACGACAGCCCUGAGCAAUGCACAUGCAAGGGCAAGGCCGUGGAUACCACUGUCGGCAUCAAGACACGAGCAGAUGCUCCGCCCCUGACACGAACUGAGUCGACCGAGACUGUUUGGCCACAGGUCCCUCGUCGUGACGAGACAGUCAACGACUUUGACCAGGCCUUCUGCGAAACUCGCAUUGGCGAUACAACUCUGCCGAGCGAUGAUUCUGCCAACGUUUUCUCUCGUCUUCCCUUCAGCUUGAUUGACCUCAAAGAAGCUGCAAAGACGCACGGCUCGCAACGCUAUCGCAACACCGACGAGGCCAACACUUUUGCUCAGAGAGCGAAGCUCGGUCCUCUAUGGUCUGGCCAGUCUACCGAAGCCGGCCCAUCCUCUGGUGCCUACCGUUUUGGUGGCUCUGACAAUCCUCCUCUGGAGCGCCCGUCUACCGCUGUCUUCCGUGAUCAGAUCACUCGCGGCCGCCCCACUCAUGGGUUUGACGGCAUUGAGGAGAGCACGCCGAGCCCCUCGUCGGCUAUCCUGGGCUCGCUGAGAUCAAAGGUGAAUCUGGGCUCCGCCAAGAAGAAGGAUAAGGAGAAGUCUACAUACAGUCUUGACCCUUUCAAAGCCGCUGCGGCCUUGGGAGCCAAAUGUCUUCGGAUCAAAGCUCCUGCCAAGAAGAAGGACCAAUGGCCAACCGCAAGGAACCAAACGGGAGGAGUCCUCACUCCGUCCGAGGCUGAGUUGAUUGAAUCCGCCCGAGGAGAAAUCAUGGACCGUCGCCGAUCUCCCGAGAAACUGGAGAAGAAGCGUACUUUGGUCUUUAUCCUCAUCAUGGCGUCCUCCAUCGUCUUCCCCUUCAUCGGCUUCAUUGCGCUGAUUCGAAAGUUCGACUCGACGGUUGCGUGGUUUACCUACGGCGAGAUCAAAGACUUCACCAAAGAACAGCGCGGCAUGCUCCUUCAACAACUCCUCGUCGAGAUCUUUGUUUACUCGAUCGUCAUCAUAUUUGUGGCGCUCCAUACCUCGCACCACAUCUAA